GCAGAGAUAUGAGCAUACGGGUGGGUAUAGGUUUGUAGCAAUGUAUGGGCAUAUAAAUAAGAAAACGUCAGUGGCCGAGUAGUUAAACGUUUUGUCAACACAAAUACGGUGAGUUCAUUUGCUGGCGCUUCUUAAAUACAAACACAUCGAUAUCUGAAUUUGUGACUAUCGAUAUGCAUUUCGGUAUUGUGGGUAGCGGCAUAAUCGGUUUGACAACCGCUCUUGAAUUACAAGAGAAUUUUCCCAACGCCAAAGUUACGAUAUUAGCAGAUCGUUUCAAUGAAGACACCACCAGUUAUGUAGCUGCUGGAAUUUUUCGUCCGGGUACCAGUUUUAUGGGUCCAACACCUGAAAUAACACAACAAUGGAUGAGCGAUGCCUUUUAUUAUUGGGACGAUUUGCGCCGCUCCAAAGAAGCUGCCUUAGCCGGCGUUUGUCAGUUAUCGGGCUAUAUAUUCUCCAGUACAUCUCCCUCAAUUGUUCGAAAUCAUUUUAUUGAGAAAUUGCUGCCGAUUUAUAGACAAGCCACAGAAGAAGAGUUGAAAUUAUGCCAAGGAAAUUGGAAAUAUGGAUCAUUCUUUACCACUUGUAUAACCGAGAGCCGAUUGUUUUUACCUUAUGCCACCAAAAAAUUUAAAGAUGCCGGCGGUAUUGUUAUGUACCACCAUGUGAAUUCACUAAAGAACUUGCCCGAAAAUUACGAUGUUGUAGUCAAUUGUACUGGCAUGGGUGCCAAAGAAUUGUGCAGCGAUCAGCAAUUGGUUCCCAUAAGAGGGCAAAUCUUAAAAGUUCGUGCUCCUUGGAUAAAGACUGCCUUCUAUGGAGACUACGACACCUAUAUUGUACCCGGUUUCGAGACCGUUACUCUGGGCGGUUGUCGUCAGUACGAUAGCUACAACACUGAAGUAUGUAAAUAUGACACAAUGGCCAUUAAAGAACGCUGCUACAACAUGUUACCCAGCCUUAAAAAUGCCGAAGUUGUUCGUGAGAUGGUCGGUCUACGUCCACAUCGUUCCAUUGUUCGGGUAGAAACUGACAUUGUUCAUCGAUCCCAGGAUGGUCGCCCCGUUAAGAUAGUCCAUAACUACGGCCAUGGUGGUUAUGGAGUUACUACAGCGCCAGGAACGGCUAAGUAUGCCGUUAAAUUGGUGCGCGAAACUUUAGUGGGCAAUAGUAAAUUGUAAAUGCAAUGCAUCCAAUUGCUAAUGUUAAAAAUUUGUUUUAUUUGUUAAUAUGUAUACCAAUACCUAAGAGCAUUAAGGAUGGAUAAAUGCAAACAUUUAUGUAUGAGCACAAGCUUAAGAUCAAAUA